GCUAGCUAAUUAUGAGAGCAAGGUCCCAAAGCUUGCCAAAGCUAUAGCUCUUGCGAGGUUCUCGAGAAACAUUCCACGAAAGAAAGCUCCGUGUGCCCCUCCUCCUAAUCAAUUCUUCACCUCAUUCAUCUUAUCGCUACUAGUAGACUUCUAUCGUAUCUUGAAGGACAUACCUGCUCAAACAACAUGCCUGGGCAACUGAAGUCCUUUCUGGGCUCCAUGAAGAGACGACCCACGAAGGCCGCCGAUGGGAGAUCAGAUGAAGCCGCUGCCGGCGCAGCAAAAAAUGAGAAGACCUCAGUUGUCCAUGAUUUAAAACAUCUUGGUCUGAAAAAUACCAAAACCGUUGCCGAGGCCCUCACAACCCUGGCUGCUGGGAAACCUAUGGAUGACAAGGAGCUCUUACUGGAGAAUGGUGUCUCUAUGCUUCAGGGACUUCCACUUAACAGUGGCCUGAGUGAGAAAGUUUCAGAUGGCUUCAUCAGCAUGCUUUGGAAUGACCUACCACAUCCUCCACCCACGUUGGCUGGUCCCACAACGAGAUACCGGACACACGACGGCAGUGGUAACAGUCCUUGGAACCCAGAAAUGGGCAAAGCGGGCUCACCAUACUCUCGUAGUGUUCCGCCCAUGAAGCCCAAAGGCCCAGCAUUACCAGACCCUGAACUUGUGUAUGAGAAGCUCAUGAAGCGAGAUGGUCCAUUCAAGGAGCACCCGUCCGGUCUUAAUAGACUGUUUUUCUCAUUCGCUACGGUUGUUAUACACGAAUGCUUCCAAACAAGCAGGAAGGACGCAUGGAUCAACGAGACUUCGAGUUAUGUAGACCUAAGUACUCUAUAUGGCAACACUGGGAACGAGCAAAGGCGAGUACGUACAUAUAACAAUGGUCUAAUUUACCCUGAUUCUAUCGCGUCAGAAAGAAUCAUGAUGAUGCCUCCUGGUGUCGUCGCGAUUCUAGUUAUGUUUUCAAGGAAUCAUAAUCAGAUUGCGCAAAAUUUAUUCUUAGUCAAUGAGGAUAGCAGAUAUAAGCCCUGGGACUCUCUUGAUGAAGAUGGAAAGAAAUGGCAGGAUGAGGACAUCUUUCAGCUGUCCCGCAACAUAAAUGUCGGGUUCUUCGCCACUGUUGUUCUUAAGGACUACGUUGCGGCUAUUCUCAAUACUCCAAGAGCGGACUCAACUUGGUCACUUGACCUCGGGAAAGAGAUAAAACAAGCAGGGUCACGCGUUGAACGUGGUAGUGGAAACGUCGUUUCGGUGGAGUUCGCUGUGCUCUAUCAUUGGCAUGCAGCGCUCAGCGCUGCGGACGACAAAUGGAUGGAGGAUAUUAUCCGAGCCGCUCUUCCGGACCUGGGGCCAAUUGACAAUAUGACUGUGGAGCUUUUCCAUAAGGUCAUGAUGGUCCACGGCCAUAAGUUAAUGGAAACUCCUCCUCAGAGAUGGACAUUUGGCGGUCUACAGCGGAAUGAGAGCGGUAGUUUCAACGAUAAUGAUCUCGCGGGGAUCAUCAAGAGUUGUAUCGAAGAACCAGCACAUGCUUUUGGUGCGCAUGGCACACCAGCCAGUCUAAAAGUAGUGGAUAUCAUGGGCCAGCUACAGGCCCGUAAUCAGUUUAACGUGUGCACAAUGAACGAAUUUCGCCGAUAUCUAAACUUGAAAGCAUAUGACAGCUUUGACGAAUGGACCGAUGACAAGGAAACCGCCAGGGCAGCGGAGCUUCUUUAUGGUCACAUAGAGAAUCUUGAAUUGUAUCCAGGCUUAAUGGCUGAAUGCACCAAACCGGCGAUGCCUGGUAGUGGGGUAUGUCCAGGGCAAACCACAGGACGCGGUAUUCUGGAUGAUGCAGUCUCUCUUGUUCGUGGUGAUCGGUUUCUGAGCUAUGACUUUAACAGCAACACCUUAACAAAUUGGGGAGUCUCUAAGCUCGCCGCGAGCCCGCCAGGAUCUUACGGAGGUAUGCUUCCGCAGCUCCUCUUCAACGGUCUUCCUGAAGCGUUUGCGGGUACAUCUCCUUACGUCCUGCUUCCAUUCUACACCCCUAAGGCUGUCAAAGAAAUUCUUACGAACAAUAAGGUGAUCGAUUUAUACGAUCUCACUCGGCCGGACAGUGAUCGUACUCGUCUUGUGAGCGUCCAAACUCACCAAGCCUGUCAGAAUGUGCUCGAAGACCACGAGAAUUUUCACGCUAUAGCUUCGAUUGCCACCGAGAGCCUACCCGACAGAACUAACAGACACUCCCUGGCCAAUGGCAAGAGUACUGCCAACCGGCGGGAGGCUAUUCACAAAGCCUUCUUCAACCACGGAUUCGAGCAGAACGUAACAGAAUUUUUUAGUACGAACGUGGCGGCUCUGAUCAGGAAGCAUUCUCUGAGCUUCUCGAGGAACAGGAAUUCAAUCAACAUCGUUCGCGAUGUUACGAACAUAGCUCCAAUUCUCUACAUUGCUAGACGAGUCGCUAUUCCAUUGAAAACCCAGGACUGCCCAAAGGGUCUAAUGUCAAUAUACGAAACUUUUACCGUUCUCCUGGCUGUCUAUCUAUAUCAGAGCUUUAACGUACUCCCCGUCAAUGAGUGGAAACUCAGAGAUGGUGCAAAAAGAUCGUCAGAGCCUCUCCGCGCCGUCUUUGAGGCACACCUGAAGACCCAGAAAGGUCUUAAAGAGAGUGUGGUUGACUGGCUUGCGAAGGGCAGUUCCUAUGAGGUCGGACCAGAUGCUGACGCACUAUACCACGCUUUGAACGAAUCCGGACUUCCUGUUAGUGACUCAGCUACAGAGCUUAUCGACCUGGGAGCUUCAAUUGCUGGCAAAUUGACCCAUCAAGCGUCACUUCUUAUUGAUCUUUUCCUUAGUCGGGGAUACGAACAGUACAAAGAACGCAUAGUUCAGCUUGCUCAUAUGCCAGUAGCAGAAUCCGAGAUAGAGCUGCGAGGUUUCGUGCUUGAAGGUAUGCGGCAUGCUAGUGUGAGCCCUGGCCUACCUCGCGUUGCUACAAAUGAUGUCUCGAUAACAGACGGCACCCGUGGAUUAGUCAACAUCAAAGCAGGUCAGACUGUCAUUGUUGCAACAUCUAAGGCCGCUAUGGACCCUGUUGCGUUCCCUGAACCUGAGAAGUUAAAUCCGCAGCGCAAUUUCACGGAUAACAUGCUUAUGGGCUACGGACUACAGUCACAGUUCGGAACCCAACUUGUUGCCGCUUCACUUGCUGCCACAAUCAGGGAGGUCUUUAAACUUAAAAACUUGCGUCGUGCCCCUGGAAAACAGGGCUCGCUCACGACGACUUCAAACGACGUCGCUGGGGUUACACUGCGUCACUACUUGGAUGCCACUGCAAGAGAGGGUCCUAUACCCACCUCACUUGUCUUAGAAUAUGAUAAUUAGUUGAUUACGAAGAUUUAGU